AUGCAGGGCCAGCCGGUAUCGGAGCAGUUGGUGACCCUGGGUGCAACAGUUCAGCGUGGGCCUGACUGGCGCUACAGUGCUGACGAAGAUGGCGGCCCGCGAGGUGUUGGCAUCGUGAUGGGCUGGCGAUCUGCCGAUGGCCAGGCUUCUGGCCCAGAAGAUGCAGUGCCAGCACACCGUGGAUGGGUGCGAGUACAGUGGCAGGUGACUGGAUACUGCAAGAACUAUCGCCUGGGUUCCAGCAGCAGCUCUGUGAGUGACCUCAUGUUUGCUUUUCCGCAGGACCCGGCCGUCACAUCGCUGGACGCAGUGCCGAAAGGGAGCCUGCAGCUGCAUCACCUGCGAUGCACGUUCGGCUACCCUUGUGGACUCAAGUACCCCCACUAUGCCAAGUUCGACGUGCGGCCGGAGGCAUGUCUGAAAGUUGCCAACUUCGUGCCAGGGGACAUCGUCACAAGCUCACAAGCCAUGGGCGUGCGGAGUACGUGCAUCGGCCUCAAGUACAACUCCCAAGCGAACAAGGCCAAGUGGAAGCAAAGUCAGGUCGACAUGUGGUUCCACAAUGUGAUCGGCGAAGGUGCCGGCCUUUUCCCAGGGGACCUUGAUCGUGACAUGCAGUUGGUCGGCAGGACUGAGGUCCAGGAGGCUCAGCCUGGGGACCUGGAGAGCGCCUCUGACGGCGAGAUUGAACAUGACGAGCAGGAGUGGGUCAGCAACAACCUGGCGCCUUCUCUCCGCUACGUCACAAAGGGCGACCAGCCCCUGCACGUCGACACACGCACGGAGCUGUGA